ACGUUGUGUGUCAAACCGGCCGCAGCGCGAGGCCGGCGCGCGGGGUCGGCGGCGGCGGCGAGAGCGAGGCUCGGGCCCAGGCGCAGGCCCAGGCCGGGCAGGCGCGGCCGCAGAGGGGGCGGCAGCUCGGGAAGCGCCGGACCGCAGCCUUGCAGGCCCCGAGCGGCCGCCUGGGGACCCGGGGAGGCCAGGGGGCGCGGCGACCGGCCCCGGCGCGCGCCUGCCGCCCCUCCCCCGCGCAGCGGGCGGCCGCGUAACUUGCGGCCAAACUUUCCCCCCGGCCUCCCGCGCUCAGAUGGCGGGCCGCUAAGUUGGCCGCAGCCCCCAGCCAAGCGGCGGCCAGGCCAGAGGGCGCCCCCUGCGCAGCCUGGGCCGGGCCAUGGCCCGCGCGCCCCCGCCGGGGCCCCAGGGCGGCGGGGCGCGAGUCCCCGGGGCCCCCGGCUCGCGCCUCUAGUGCGCCCCCCCUCGGCCCCAGGCCCGGCCCCGCGCACGCGUGGGAAAGUUGGCCUGGAACCGGCCCGACCAGUUCUGCCUGGGCGCGCGGACCGGCCGCAGGAAGUUGGUGCAAAACUUUUUUGGGGGGUGCAGCCGGUGCCCCCCGCGCGCCGGGCCCGGAUGCGUGCCGGGUAGGGUCCCCCCGGGCCGAGAGGGGUGCCCGGAGGGAGGAGCACGGAGGGGGCGCCCCGGCCCCGCUGCCCUGGGGCUAUGGCCAUGGUGACCGGCGGCUGGGGCGGCCCCGGCAGCGGCGGCGGCGACACGAACGGCGUGGAUAAGGCGGGCGGCUACCCGCGCGCGGCCGAGGAAGACUCGGCCUCACCUCCCGGCGCCGCCAGCGACGCUGAGCCGGGCGACGAAGAGCGGCCAGGGCUGCAGGUGGACUGCGUGGUGUGCGGGGACAAGUCGAGCGGCAAGCACUACGGCGUCUUCACCUGCGAGGGCUGCAAGAGCUUCUUCAAGCGGAGCAUCCGCCGCAACCUCAGCUACACCUGCCGGUCUAACCGUGACUGCCAGAUUGACCAGCAUCACCGGAACCAGUGCCAAUACUGUCGCCUGAAGAAGUGCUUCCGGGUGGGCAUGAGGAAGGAGGCCGUGCAGCGCGGCCGCAUCCCGCACUCCCUGCCCGGCGCCGUGGCCGCCUCCUCCGGCAGCCCCCCGGGCUCGGCGCUGGCGGCGGCGGCGGGCGGAGACCUUUUCCCCGGACAGCCGGUGUCGGAGCUGAUCGCGCAGCUGCUGCGCGCCGAGCCCUACCCCGCGGCGGCCGGGCGCUUCGGCGCGGGCGCGGCGGGCGCGUUCGGCGCCGGGGGCGGCGCGGCGGGCGCCGUGCUGGGCAUCGACAACGUGUGCGAGCUGGCGGCGCGGCUGCUCUUCAGCACCGUGGAGUGGGCGCGCCACGCGCCCUUCUUCCCCGAGCUGCCCGUGGCCGACCAGGUGGCGCUGCUGCGCCUCAGCUGGAGCGAGCUCUUCGUGCUGAACGCGGCGCAGGCUGCGCUGCCCCUGCACACGGCGCCGCUGCUGGCCGCCGCCGGUCUGCACGCCGCGCCCAUGGCCGCCGAGCGCGCCGUGGCCUUCAUGGACCAGGUGCGCGCCUUCCAGGAGCAGGUGGACAAGCUGGGCCGCCUGCAGGUCGACUCGGCCGAGUACGGCUGCCUCAAGGCCAUCGCGCUCUUCACGCCCGAUGCCUGCGGCCUCUCGGACCCAGCACACGUGGAAAGCCUGCAGGAGAAGGCGCAGGUGGCCCUCACCGAGUACGUGCGGGCCCAGUACCCGUCCCAGCCGCAGCGUUUUGGGCGUCUGCUGCUGCGGCUCCCCGCCCUGCGUGCUGUCCCCGCCUCCCUCAUCUCCCAGUUGUUUUUCAUGCGCCUGGUGGGCAAGACGCCCAUCGAGACGCUGAUCCGAGACAUGCUGCUGUCAGGAAGUACCUUCAACUGGCCUUAUGGCUCAGGCCAGUGACUUCACGGGGCCCGGUGCGCUGUGGCUGGGUCUGCAGACCUCAAGGGAUACGGAUGCUUCGGCCUCGGGCGGGGCCCCCCAGCGGAGGACCCUGGCUUCUCUUCUCAGACUCCUAUUUUUUAAAGACUGUGAAAUGUUUGUCUUCUCUGUUUUUUAAAUGAUCAUGAAACCAAAAAGAGAGUGCUUGUCCAGGCGCCAGCCCCGGCCUCCUCAGAACUCCUGGCCAAAAUAAGAAGGGGAGGGACUGAGGGCUCCCCUCCUGGGACAGCCUGUAGCUCAGCGCCCCAAGCACGAACUUUUGGGACAGUGGGGGUUGGCUUCCCUGGUGUGAUGGACAAAGGCCUGGUGGCCGGACUAGCUGGGCGGCCGCAGCCGGGCAGGGGUAGUAUCUAUCAGGCAGACCCUCUGGACACGUAAUCCACGUUGGACACUACAUGAUGAAUGAAUCAAGGCCAAUAAUAAAGCUAUUUCCUAACUGCA